AUGAUGACGUUCUUUCGCAAGCCUGUUAUUAUAUUUAUUAAGGAAAAGUUAGGGCGAUCUCAUUCCGUCGCUGCUGCCUCUGCGUUGCCAUCCAGUUCCUAUAUGACACAAAAAGCGGCAAAGAGCACGUGCUCUGUACCAGACAUUAAAUUGCCAAAGAAAUAUAGGAGGGUUAAAAUUACUCAGGACGAAGUUGACUAUAUCAAUGGCGGUGGAAUUAUCUCACCAUCUGGCUCAUCUGCAAGUGAACAAUUUUUAAGCAAAUCCAAGACAAAAGUUUUUGGGGUCAUAGAACUACCGCGUGGUGCACUAAUCGACUGUAGAACAAGAAAAAAGCAAGAAGUUGCUUUACAGAUUUUGUUAAAAGUUAAGUCGAAAUAA